AUGGCUCCCACCGCCGAAGGCUUCGCGGACCUCACGCGCGACACCUCGGCCGUCAGCGCCGUCAGCACCGUCACCGACCUCGGCGCCGACCAGCGAAAGACCCCCGGAUGGUUUGCGCGCAUGCGGCGCUCGCUCGCCUGGAACCGCACCUCCGAGUGGGAGCGCCGCGCGGCGGAGACCGACCUGCUCGCGGCGACCGGCGUCCCUCUGACGAUCAAGGACGUCAAGGUCGGCCCUGGCAAGGAGGACUACAUGCACACGAUAGUUGGCGGGGACAGCGCGGCGCCGCCGGCCGUCGUGGUGCACGGGUACGCGGCGGGCGCGGGGUUCUACUUCAAGUCGAUCCGCGACCUCGUGUCGCACUUCCGCGUGCACCUCGUGGACUGGCCCGGGUACGGCGUGUCGGGGCGGCCCGCGUGGCGCACCAAGGGGCGCGAGAACGUGGAGCGGUACUUCGUGGACGGACUGGAGACGUGGCGGAAAGACGCGGGCCUCGAGCAGUUCGUCCUGGUCGCGCACUCCCUGGGGGGCUAUCUCGGGGUUCGGUACGCCAUGCAGCACCCGGAGCGCGUGUCGCACCUGGUGCUGGUGGGGCCCGCGGGGAUGAACGCGGCGCCGGAGGACUGGAGCGUGGACAAGGUGAAGGAGCGGCUGAAGGCGAAGCCGUGGUCGAUGCGGUCGAUCCUGAUCGACGCGUCCGUGAAGCUGUGGGACUGGGGCGUGACGCCGGGACACAUCAUCCGCACCCUCGGGCCCCUGGGGCGGCGCAUGGUCGAGGGCUACGUGUCGCGGCGCUUCUCGCAGUACGGCACCGGGCUCACUCCGGAGGACGUGGAGGUCUUCAAGCACUACGUCUACCACAUUCUGGCCGCGCCGGGCUCCGGGGAGCACGCGCUGCGGCACCUCCUGGCGCCGUUCGCCUGGGCCCGCUCGCCCAUCGGCCCGGAGCUCGCGAAGCUGCGGAUGCCCGUGACGUUCAUUUACGGCGAGGGCGACUGGAUGGACCCGGCGAGCGGGAAGAAGCACUGCGAGGCGGCGCGCGAGAAGCGCCCUCCGUUGAACGACGCCGACCUCAAGGUGGAGCUCGUGAAGCACGCGGGGCACUUCCCCUUCAUCGAGAACUCCGACGGGUUCCGCGCGGCGCUGCUGCGGUCGCUCAGGGUGGACUUCGCGGAGGGGGACUCGUGA